AUGCUGAGAGCCUUCAUUGGCCUUGCUGGCCUUAUCGGCUAUGCGACCGCUCAAAGCGACUCUGUCAAAGUCAAGUGGAUCGAUGAUACACCAAAAUACCUCGCUGGUGUGACCUUCGGUUUACCUUGGCCUCGUGGGCAGCACCUUGCGAACACUACAACCUUCACAGUAUCCGGAGACGCGGAACUUCAGUCGUGGGUCACGGCCUACUGGCCAGAUGGAACACUAAAGUGGACCGGGCACGCUCUGGGAGCCAGUGAUUCUCCUGCCGACCAGUACACAAUCACGGCUUCUGGUGCAGGCAAUUCUUCUACUUCAAGCUUCAAGCGUCAAAGCAACGGCAUCGAAGUUAGCGACUCCGGCGAGGAGAUUAUUGUUAACGCCGGCAAGGUCUCAGCAACCUUUCCUAAAUCAGGCAACGUUCUAGUAUCCACCAUUGAGGCCGGUGGAAAGAAAGUUGGUGGCAACGGUCAUCUAGUUUUACGCUCUCAAACAGGUACUCCCGAUGAUGACGAAGGUGGCAAGCCGACCGGUAUUGAAUACUUCAGCUUUACCAGCAAGAUAUCAAACGUUACCGUAACGGAGGACAACACCGUUCGUACCUUAGUAACAGUUCACGGUAUCCAUACUAUCAAUGGAGAUGGUGCCCAUGACGACUGGAUCCCCUUCAUUGUCCGCUUCUACCUCUACGCCAACUCGGAAGCGAUUCGCGUCAUUCACACCAUCAUCUAUGAUGGAGAUAUGUACAAAGACUUCCUCUCGGGUAUCGGUAUCCGCUUCGAUGUUCCCCUUGCUGAGGAGGAAUUUUAUGAUCGCCAUAUCCGAAUCGCAGGCGUUGAUGGCGGAAUCCUCCACGAAGCCGUCAAGGGCGUCACUGGUCUGCGUCGAGACCCAGGUGUCGACGUUCGAUCGGGACAGUUCAAUGGUACUGUCCUGCCGCCCAACUCCACCUGGGAUCAAAGAGUGACUACUCGUCUACAGUGGAUCCCGACAUGGAGCGACUACCGCCUGACACAACUCUCACCUGAUGGCUUCAAUCUUAAGAAACGCACAAAGGCUGGCCAAAGCUGGGUUAAGAUCCCAGGAGGUACACGUUCAGGUGGCGUGGCCUACCUUGGAGGUGCUACGGUUGGCGGUCUUGCUGUCGGUCUUCGUGAUUUCUGGAAAAAGUAUCCUACUAGUCUGGACAUCUCUAAUGCCGCGACCGAUACAGGAUCGAUCACCAUGUGGCUAUACAGCCCCCAGGCUGGGCCUAUGGAUAUCCGUCCAUACCACGAUGGACUUGGACAAGAUACUUACAAGAAACAACUGGAUGCUCUGGAUAUUACCUACGAGGAUUGGGAAGGGGGCUACGAUACUCCCUACGGCCUUGGCCGGACCAACGAGCUUUACAUUUACGCGUUUGACACCACACCAUCCGCUGACCACCUUGCAACACUCACUAACUUUACCAACAACCCACCCGUUCUCAUUGCUGAGCCAGAGUACAUGCGUGACACCAAAGCAAUCGGGUCGUACUGGGACGUGCCCGGUGCUGUUGACUCCGCCCAAGCGCAGACCAUCGAGUCAAACAUGGAUUUCCUCAUCAAAUUCUACGAAGACCAAAUUGAGCAGCGUCGCUGGUACGGCUUCUGGGACCAUGGAGAUAUCAUGCACACAUACGAUAACGACCGCCAUCAAUGGAGGUACGAUAUCGGUGGUUACGCUUGGGAUAACUCGGAGCUGUCUCCUGAUCUCUUCUUUUGGGACUUUUUCCUCCGUACCGGCCGUGCGGAUGCUUACAAGAUUGCUCACGACCAAGUGCGCCAUGGAGGCGAAGUUGACUCGUAUCACCUGGGCAACUUCACUGGGCUCGGUACCCGACAUGGUGUCCAACACUGGAGUGAUAGCGCCAAACAGGCUAGGAUAUCAACCCCGGUUUACCGCAAGACGUUCUACUACAUCUCUGGUGGUGAUGAACGGACUGGCGACCUGGUACGCGAGGUCAUUGAUGCUGACAAAGCCUUCCUUCGCGUAGAUGCGAGACGCAAGGUGCGAGCGCCUGGUAUUAUUUACAACCCCGACCCGGAAGCCCUGUUCCUCAACUUUGGAACUGAUUGGGCUGGUAUUGCACAAGCAUACCUUAUCGAGUGGGAGCGCCGUGGACCACGAUGGGAAGAAUCUCGCAAAAAGCUUGUUGAGUCUAUUGUGACAUAUCCUAAGCUCAAGAAUGGAUUUGCCACUGGUGAAGCGUUUUACAACAGUCUUACCGGAGCGUGGGCACCGCCGCCCACUGACCCGAACAACACCGGCAACGUUACUGUUUCGCAUCUGUCUGGUGUGUUCGGCGUUCUGGAGACUAUCGACCAGCUUAUGGACCACUUCGGUGAGGAGCAAAAGAAUGUCACUCAGCCUUUCUUCGAGGCAUUCUUGGACUAUUGCUACUACUAUGGUGCUGGGAAAGCUGAACAGAGGGCUCGUUAUGGCAAGGACUUCGGCAACCUCAGUCUGAUGCAGGGUCACUCGCGCUUCACUGCCUACGUGGCCAACCACCGCAACAAUGCGACACUGGUCCCAAGAGUGUGGUCAGAGUUCUUGGGCGAUGGUAGCAAGGAUGGCCUUGCGCCGGGUGCUCCAUGGGCAAGGGUAAGGAUUGACGGAAGUGACGCACUUAUCCCUGUCGAUGAGGCGACAUGGGUUAGCACAAAUGCGGCAGCGUUGUAUGGUGUCGCAGGGAUUGAAACCUUGGCUCUCGUUGGUCCGCCGGAUGUCAACACUAUUGGCGGUGGUAAUGCUACUGCAAGAAGGUCUGUAUAG